AUGUCUCUGCAUCACCUAAUCUUGGUUGCUUUGCUCAUCUCAGCACAAUUUGUUUGCUUUUCACAACAGCAAGCAACCAUGGCGCCAAGUGUCAGCCACAUGCUUCUUGCUGGCGGAAACACACCUUUCGGCUAUUAUGGAAAUACGAAAGGUCUCACUCCUUCUUCCAUCUUGUGUGGUCAAGAUGAUUUCAUCUACAGUGUGGACACAAGCGUUGCUGGUAUCAAAAUAGCCAAAUUACUACCUAGCGGCGUUAUUUCCUCUUCUUUUGGCACUGACCAUAGCUCAGCCACAGGAAGAACACUGGGAAUGGCUUCGUAUCCUGAUGGCUCUGCUGCUGGAAAGUAUUUUGUCUAUGAAUUGGAUCCUGUAACCAAAAUCCUAACCAAGAAUUCAGUGAGUUUGAAUGCUAAUGGACCUGUUGGAACUAUUCCAAUGGCUGCAGAGGUGAUAAGUGAUCCAAGUGGAUUGGCUGUCACAUCAAAUGGUGAUUUACUAUUUUCAGAUAGUAAGGCGAAUGUUAUUCGAAGAAUUAACAUGACAGCACCUGGAUUGGAUGGAAAUUACACAACAACAAUUGUUGCUGGAGUUGUUGGAGCAUCUGGAUAUGGUGGAGAAUCUGUUGUGGCCACAGGAGCAAUUUUAUCUUCACCAACAGGAAUAACUGUAUUUGGAAAUGCUUUUUAUUUUGCUGAAACUUCUCUUAAUAUUAUUCGAAAGGUUGACAUGCAAACUGGAUUAUUGACAACUGUUGCUGGAAUACAAGGUCAAAGUGGUGAUAGUGGAGAGGGUUAUUUGGCCACAUCAGCAUUUCUGAAUGGUCCUCAAUCAGUUGCCUUUAAUAGCAAUGGUGAUAUGUUCAUUUCUGACUCAAAAAAUAACAAAAUCAAAAAGGUGUUUUUCAAUAAUGGAACUAUUAUCACAAUUGCUGGAACUGGAAGUGCUAAUUUUACUGGAGAUGGAUCAAAUGCCAAGUUUGCAACUUUGAAUUUGCCAACAUUUAUUUCAGUUUCCAAUUCAACUGGUGACAUUUAUAUUAUUGAUUCUCAAAAUUACAGAAUUAGAAAGAUUACUGCAAGUACCAAUGUUAUUUCCACAUUUCUAGGCAAUGGACUUUCGAGAAAUUACGGUGAAAAUAUUUCAGCUGGUGCAGCUUCUUUCAAUUCCCCAGUUGGUUUCACAUUUUCUUUGGCUUAUCCUAAUAAUGUGAUUUAUGUUGCUGAUACAGGAAAUCAUAGAAUUAGAUCAUUCUCUCAAUUCUAUUCUGGCAGAAAUAUUGUAACUGUGGCAGGUUUACCGAGACCUGGACUUGGAGGUGAGAAUUUGCCUGCCUUAUCAAGUUCUUUCAAUUUUCCAUCUAAUUUGGUGUUUCAUCCAAUUUCAGGAGAUUUACUAAUAGUCGAUACCCAAAAUCAUAGAAUUAGAAGUAUGAGCAAGAGUACAUCCUUCGUUAAAACAAUUGCUGGAACUGGAAUAGCAGGUUACAAUGGAGAGGGUAUGCUUUCGAAUAUGACCAAAAUGAACUCACCAUCUGGCAUUGCAGUCCUAAGUACUGGUGAGAUUAUCUUUGCAGAUACAUUCAACAAUUUGGUAAGAAUGAUUAAUUUGCAAGGUAUCGUUUCAAUAUUUAGUUCUAAUGUUUCUGCACCUGUUGGUAUUGCUGUCAAUUCAAAAGAUGAAAUUUAUAUUGGUGAUAGUGGUAAUCAAAGAGUAUUACGCUGUACCAAACAAGGAGUUUGUGUUACAUUUGCUGGUACAAAGGGAGUUAAGGGUUAUUAUCCAAGCAGUUCCAAAGUUGCUGUUCCAGUUUCUCAAGUUUUAUUCACUCAACCAACUUACAUUGCACCUAAUAAUGCAGGAGAUGUUUAUGUGGUGGAUAGUGGAAAUGGAAGAAUUGUUAAAAUUGCAAGAGAUGGAAAAGCUGCUAAUGUUUUGAAUAAUUUGGUCAAUCCAGGAAAUAUUGCAUUCAAUGAAUAUGAACAAAGUCCAAUCUUUAUCAGUUCUGAUAUAGUUCAUGAGUUAAAGUCCACAUGUAACUCCAAUUAUGUGCUCUCCAUUUAUGAUUAUGAAUGUAAUUUGAUAACAUGUUCUGGAGUUGCCUUGACAAACAGUUCUGUAUGCUCCUCGCACGGAGUUUGUGCCUCAAUGGACACAUGUAUCUGCAACACGGAUGAUACCUAUUUUGGAAAGAAUUGUGAGUUUAAACUAUGUAAUGGAGCUCAAAUUUCAUCCACUCAACCAUGUGUAGCUCAACAAUCACCAUCCACAAAGGAAAUCAAAGUUGAAACAAUUUUAAUCUCUUCAUUGAAUGCAAAGAAUGUUACUUUUGACAAGUUUGAAACCAUUCAAGUAACCUUCCCUUCUUCAAUCGUUUCUCAAUUGAAUAGCACAGGUUCAGUUUCAGGCAAUCUCAACAUUGACCUCGUCAGUUCAGUUGUAAAUCAAACUUUGGACAAUUCACUCAAUAGCUUAUCAGAAAACAAUACAAUUUUCCUAGUGAGCUCCAUUGUGACAAUUUCACUAUUUGACAGAGACACUGGAAAGGAAAUUUCAGUCAAGCAACUCAGUGAACCAAUCAAUAUUCAAAUGAAAUCCAUCUCUGUUCCGAAUUCCCUCCUUGAAAACCGUGAAUUCUCCUUUGUGUGCAUGUACCUAGACAUUUCCUCCAACACUUGGAAAACCGAUGGUGUUGAAACCAUUAUUCAAAACUUACAAAACACCACAGAAACAUUGACCUUCUCCACCCUAUGCAGAACCACACACUUGACCAGUUUCGCAGUCAUUGAUCCAACCUAUAAAAAAGCCUCAAAAUCUGAUUCAAACAAUAGCAAUCUCCUCGAUCUUGGCACCAUCAUUGGAAUUGCUGUAGGAGGUGGUGCAGGUCUCUUAAUUGUUUGCACCAUGAUGGUUCUCGCCAUUGUUGUAUUGGUUGUUUGCUGUGUGAAAAAGAGAAAGUAAAUUGUUAUCAAGUUCAUCCA